AAACACUCUGUAUAUUUGAUAACCUCUAAAAACUCCCGCAUUUUUUGAAGUCACUAAUGUCACCUAGUUUUCAAAUUUACUUUAAGUGUUGCAUUUUAUAAAUAUUUCCUAUGCACUUAUCUCUACCUAAGAUUACAUUCUGUAAGGUAACCUCUUUCAAUGAUGAAACGCAGGAGAAAAUCCUCGUUUUUCGGUGUGAAUUGUGAGGAUUCCAUGAAACAGCUGACUAUUACAGAAAGUUUCAAAUACAGCAAAAAAGUUAAGGCAACUAUUAAAAAAAAAAGUAAUAAUAUAGCUGUUUCAGUUGCUAUGGUGAAUAAGGAAAGCGCAAGUUUGCCUUCUUGCAUUGAAAAUCCUAUAAACUCACCAACAGUUCAAGACAUUUCCUAUUGCUGUGCACAAGGUGCAGUGAAUUUAACACCAAGUACUGUCUUUGAUAAAUCAUUUUUUACAAAUGCAGACACCAAGGUUGACAGUGGUACACGAGAAUCGGCCACAAGAAAAAGAGAUUGCAACAACACUCUAAUAGGUGGUACAAAGCAGUCUGUAUCCCGCAAACUAAGUUUCGAAUCAUCAAGAAAACCAGCACAAAAACUUAAAAAAAAGCAAGGAGUGUGUUUAGAACAUGAUACUGAGAAGGUUUGUGAACCCCAAGUCAUUGCCCAAGAAAAUAUUUUGAGAGGAUUUGAUGUGGUGACAUCAAAGAAGAGUACUGACCAGCCAUCAUGUUCAACUUCAUUAAAUAGCUCUGGAGUUACAACAACACCUUCUAAAUGUGGAUCCAAAUCUCCUGCUAAAAACAAUUCUCCAACUAAAAAUAGUCCCCAGAAAGUGUUCAAAUCAAAAGAAGGCAAGCAAUUGCAAAUUAAACAUGUGGACCUGUUAGUUGAUUUAAUUGAAGAUGUUUGUGGAAGAUUACACUUUAAAUCAUAUUUAAAUGAAGAAGCUGCAUUGUUAGGCACAUUUUUAAAGAUGAAUUUUAAACAGAAAUAUGUUGUAAUGAAAUUAUUUGUUUGGAAAAAGAUGUGGUACAAUGUAUUUGAGUUUUGUAAAAAGGCUCACAUAGAGAUGGGCGAUGACCAUGACAUUUUGCAUAAUAUAUUUAAAUAUUUGAGUCAAGAGGGAAUUGUUGAUACAACGGGUUACCUAAAAAACUAAAAAUGUUCUGCUGAGAGCCUUUUCGUGUAGUUGACUAGGCAAAUUUUAAAUUACCUAAUUCCCAAAGGAUCUAAAAACUGCUAAUAUUCAGAUAGGAACACUUGUUUGACUUGUAUUACAAAGAAAGCACACAGGUUCCAGAACUUUUAAACUCUCUAAAUAGGCAAAGUGUUAAGGAUAUUGCUAAACAAGUAGUAAGAAAGAAUGGUAACAAUAAGGAGGAAGAUAUUGGUAUCAUUUUGAGACAUUGUUCCACUCAACAAACAUUUGGUCUAUCUUCCAAAGACAUUGUUUUAAAAUAUAUUGAAAAAAAAAUGGGCUUUUGCAUUAAACUUACCCACAAUAUGUAUCAAGCACUGAGCCAUGCCUAUAUUUUGGCCACAUUCUCUAAUUCCGAACUUGAAAAUAUUCAAGACUACUUUCGAAAUCAGUUACAUUUGAGGUUAGUCUUUCCUGAUUAUGACAUGGAAGAUUAUGUAGUGUUCAUUUCUAGAGAGGAGUUUCUCAGCUACUGUGAAGCAAAAGAACUUCAAAAAUCGCUGGAUGAGUGUAUUGCUGCAAGAAAUAAAACAGGCAUAUCUGCUAUUGGCCACAAAGCUUUGGAACAACUUAAAAAAGUUAAGAGUGUUUCUGAAAGUGUUUCACUAGCCAAUCAACAAUUUUUGGAAGAUGCCCCUCAUCUCAAAAUGUUUACAGCUGUUUAUGUGUACAGUUCUGUACUGUCGACCUGUGUCGAGCAUUUAUUUACAGAGAAGAAUGGCGAUCCAAAACUGGUAAAAGGCUGGUUAGACUAUCUCACAAGGGAAUUUCCCAGAUCUAGGAAAAUCGGCAAGUGGUUUUACAGGUUAAUUCAGAUACAUAUAAAACACCUCAAGCCACCAAAUUAUGAAGAGGCCGCAAAUAUUUUAAUUGAUGUAUUAAGCAAUAAAACAGAAGAAUUAAGUGACGUCGACAAACAUGAAUUGGGAAAGUUAGGAAAGGCACUAAAGUCAACCAAAGCCUAUAAAUUAGAGAGAAUUUACUGUGACCAAUUAACUGAAGUAAUUCCGAGUGAAAUAGACCUAAGUAACAUUUACCAGAGAACAUUUGAUGCUCAAUGUAAAAGAACCAAUCAGUUAGGUAAGAAAAGAAAAUAUGUCGCUCAACACGGGGAUGAUAAUAUUGUCAUGGCUGUUGAAGACUACGCCCUUGCUUGCUACAGAGAUGAGUAUCCAGGUGGGAUGCAUUGUGAGGGAAGUUUACUGAGGUCUCUCCUUGUUUUGUUUUUUUGGGACAUAAUUUAUAAACCUAAAAACCACAUACCUGGGGUCUUCAUUACCAAAAUACAAACAGCGCCGUUGGAUAUGUUCACCAAAUAUUUUCUCAAAAAUCGAAUGGCGGCCAUUAAAAAGAGGCUGCAUGAAAUUCAAAGUGUGUGGUCUCAAGAGGAACUCGUAAAAUUCGCUCAAGAAAAUUAUAAAUCACAUGCCCAUGAAAAAUCUGUAUUUGGACUGGUAAAUCAUGUAAUAGAAAAUGCAGAUAUGGUCGACGUCCUUCUUAAAGUUAUUGAUAGGCGACUGCUAGCCUGCAUCUUCCUCAGGAUUCUUUCAGAUCUUCGACAAUUCAGAAGCGGGAUGCCCGAUUUGUUUCUAUGGAAUGUCAACGAAGGAAAGUGUAAGUUUGUGGAAGUCAAAGGUGAAGGGGAUAAGCUUUCCACUACGCAGGAGUUGUGGCUCCAAUAUUUGAAAGAAAAAGGGGCCGAUGUAGAAAUUUGCUACAUUCAUUCAAAAGGUAGUAAAAGAAGAAAAUUAAAUAGACAAAGGGACUGCACAAAAAAAGAGCAGAAGGAAAAGGGCAAUGUAAUAGAAGCAGAAGUUAACAAUCUAGCUUCUCAUUGUUAAAAAGCCACAAUAUAUUUUAUAGCAUUACAUACAUAUUCCAAUUUUUCUAUUAAUAAUAUAUAAAAUGUUUUAUUGUAGAUUGAAGUUUUUUGUUGUGAAAAACGUAUCAUAUUUUAAAGGAUCCUGUGAUAUUUUCCAAAUAAAAAUUACUGGCAGAAAUGAGUUUAAUUUCGCUGAUUAAUUGGCCAUUGAUUAUUCCAGUCUUGUCUAUCAAGUGUGGACCAAAGUGUAUUUGGCUCAACUGAACAUAACAUGGUCAAUAAGAAACUAUAUUGAUCAGAACCCCCAUAAUAUGCAACUAAUCACCAGAUAUAGGACAGUCCCUUGAAUGAUGUGUUGUGCAAGUAUUCAAUGUGGAAAGAAUAUUUGAUCAUAGUAAAAAAAAAAACAGCCAAAAAAAUGUGAUCUAACAUUAAGUCAAUUAGAAACCUAGAACCGCACACUAAGGGCCUCUGCUGGAAAUAACCAAAACUAAGCCCAUCUGAAUUACGAUUGAAAUCUUAGCA